AUGUACGUAAUAAGUCAGAAAAAUAGUCUGAGUGACAGACUUGAUCUCAUAGGAGAAAUUGUUGAAGAGGAUAAUCACUGGAAGCCCAAUACUUACCAAAAGUCUGAUGAAAUGAAAAAUAGUGAUGAAGCCGAUGACCUAAAAGAUGAUAAGAUAGAAAAAGCUUACGAUAUCAAAGAUGAAAAAGAUAAGACAGUUAAUGAAGAAAUCUUAAAUGAAAAGCAUGAAGAAGACAAAAAGGGCAAAUAUAAAACAUUCACUGAUUAUCAAAGAUCAACUGAUACGGCCGAUUUGAAAAAAACUUUCAAAGACAAUUAUUAUGUGGACAAACUGGAUGGUGUUGAAAAUUUUGAGUUUAAUUAUAAUGCCGAUGAAGACACCAGUAGUAAUGAAGUCGACGAAAACAAGACAAAUUAUAACAGUGAAUUUAAUAAUGAUGAUGACGAAACAAUGAUUGUUGAAGAAAAUGAAAUAAUGAAUAACAUAAGAAGAGGUAUUAGUAAUAGCAAAAUACCAAAUAAAGAUAACAAUACAAACAAAAUACUUAAUAGUAAAAAGCUCGAUCAUACAUAUGAAACCUGA